GAAAACGAAGGCACCUGCGAAGGGAGUCGCGUCGAGGAAAGCAGGAAACCAGGGCUUUUUCAUUUGAACGAUGGCACUCUGAAGAUCAUUAUCGACGCAUUGAAUAUGGAAAUUUUUGUUUGGUCCCAUUAUUGAGAUGUGAGAUAUCAUCGGAAGAAAAGAAGUCGUGUUCUAAAGUUUCCUUGUUGGAUUUAACUAACUUGCUGGCUAGCUGUAGCUACAGGACAAUGGGGAACCUGAUACUGACGGUAUUGCUGUUUGGCCUCCUGCCGGCAGCGGUGCUGUCCAUCCAAGUAAUUGUUCCUCAGACGGAGAGGAGCACAGCUCUCUUUGCCUCAGUCACCAUCCGCUGUGACUAUACGACCUCGGCCAACCUGCAGGAUGUCCUGGUCACCUGGCGCUACAAGUCCUUCUGCAUGGACCCCGUGCUGCAGUACUAUUCCACAGCCUACCAGGCAGCUCUGUCUCUGGGUCAGGACCCGGCCAACGACUGCCCAGACCGCCAGCGGACGAUCCGUACCGUGGUCCAGAAGAGGGGCACCAAUGAGCCCAUCCUGGGGUCUGAUUACCGGGAGCGCAAGAUCACCAUUCAAAACAAGGCAGAUCUGGUUAUUACUGAAGUGAUGUGGUGGGAUAACGGAGUGUACUUCUGCUCCGUUGAUGCUCCGGGUGACACAACAGGAGACUCAGACCGGGAGGUCAAACUUAUAGUGUACCAUUGGCUGGUGGUACUUUUCAUCGUCAUUGGUGGCCUGCUCCUGAUCAUACUCUUCGGUGUGUGCUGCUGCCAGUGCUGCCCUCAGCACUGCUGCUGCUACGUACGCUGCCCGUGCUGCCCACAGACGUGCUGCUGUCCUGAGAGAGCGGUGAUGCAGCACCGCAUGAUGAAGGAUGCCCAGAGGGCCAUGGCUCCCUGGCUGCACGGCCAGCCUGUCUACGCCCCCAUUAGCUCCCACGCUUCGUCCACGCAGAUGAACCCCAUGCUGUACUCCGAGUUCCCUUCCAAGCAGAACAUCCCCAUGGCGCCCAUGCCCCUCCCACCUCCGCAUCCCGCCCACCCCAGCAUGCCCCCCAGCAUGCACGGCAACGGCAGCAUCCACGGCACCAGCCAGGCCCUGGACUACCUGGAGAGCCAGGUGCGGAACAUGGACGUGAGCACGCCCCUGUUCCAGCCCCAGGCGAUGCCACCCCCGCCUCAGCACAUGCCCCAGGGCGUGCCAUUCUCGCCGGGGCCUCCCAGCAUGCUCUCCUCCCUUAACGAGAUGGGCGUGCAAGGCGUGGAGCGUCGGGUCAUCCAGCUGCCGCCGAUAGUGGAGCACCCUGGCAGCUCCGCCCGGCGGGUCCCCUCCGGCCCCCGCAGUGCUCGCCCCCCCAGCCGCUCCAGCGAAAGCUCCAGCCGCAGCGCCCGUCGCCGUAACGACUACGGCCCCUCUCGCCAGGACCUGUCCCCUCCCCGCCGGGGUAUCCUGCGCAGCUACAGCGAGGAGUCGGAUUUCGAGGAUAGGCGGCGGGGGUCCGGGCCAGGGGGCCGCCCCCGAUCCCGCAGCAGAGACGACCUGCUGGAGGAGAUGCGCCGGGCCCCGCCGCGUCGGGACAGGAGUUACUCCCCCCCGCGGCGCCGGGGGUCCUGGAGCUCUGAGGACGAGGACAGCAGCAGGAGGGGCGGAGCUCGCGGCCGUGGGGGAGGCUGGCCUGAGAAGCCCCCCAGCUACACCUCCAUCGAGAUCAAGCCGGGACGCAGGCAGAACGGAGGACUGAGACACAACGAGCGCUUCUCUGACAAGAGUUCCCGCAGCGGCACAAGUGUGGUGAUAUAAGUUAAUUUUGCACUCUGUCUGUCCCAUUUUACCAUUAAUGAUCUGUAAAUGUGAUAGAAUUGAGUGUCAGAAAUUCUUAGCUGUGAGAUUUUUAUUAGCUGUGAAGAAGGAAAGCUUAACACAACAAUGAAGCAUCUUACUCCUCACUCCUUGCAGAAGGAGAUACCUCAUGGUGAAGUUCUGAGACUGGUUGGGUUUUUUUUUGUCCAAUUUAUCUCUUUGAGUUCCAUAAAAAUGAAAUGGCACUUCACAGCUCCCUCUGCUGGUCAAUACCUCUCAUAGCAGGCAAAGGAGAGAGAGUGAACAAAAUACAGGGCAGAAGUGGAAGGGUAGGAUGAGGUGAGGCAGAGGGAGGGGACAGAGAAAUGGACAUUAGUUCCCCCUGAGUGUGAUGGAGUCAAAGGAGAAGAGACCACCCAACACAGUUCUAUUUUUUUUCUAUUGUUUGUUUUUUUAUUCUAAUUCAUUGUGAAAGUGCAUUAGUCUUGCAUCAUUUUAUUGGUUAUGGAGGAAUUUGUUUGUUUUUAUAUUUUUUGUUUUAUUUUUGUAUUAAUCGUAUGGGCAUUAGCUCUUCUUGCGUAAAAUAAAGUGAACUCUCCCAGAAAUCCCCCAUGUCAGGCUUUCUGACAUGCUGCCACCCACUGUAGCUCUGAAUCCUGAGCAUCUGGUGGAGGUUUGAAUGUACAGGCAACUCAAUCUUCUGUUCUUUGAUUUGUUAAGUUUUAGAAGGGUAUUGUUAAAUUGCCUCCCAUACGAGAGCAUGUGGAAAUAAUAUACUUGUAAGUAGUCUGUUUAAUAUAGUUGUUUAUUAUUUAUCAUGGCUGUAGAAAGGACCACUUUUGAGGAACAUAAUGUGUGAAAUGUUUUUUGUUGGGCUUUUGGUUUUAAAAUGCAAGAUGGUGUUACUUAAGAUCCAGUUAGCCAAACUCCAGACCAUUUUUAAACAAAAAUUUGGAUUGGAUUGAAUUGGCUAGGAGGACAAUAACCAAUCCCACACCUCAUAUUGAGUACACGCCUAGAGAGCAGCAGUGUAAAUUUUAAACAGUACCCUCCCCUCCACCCCUCCAAAAUGGAAGUGAUUUUAAAUAGGAGGUUAGCAAGGCAGGCUAUGGUAUGGUAAGUUUGAGGGGAAAGCCAUUUCCAAGAAAUGUGAAAAUCAUGUGAGUCAUCAUGUUGAUUCACAUAUAAGGAUUCAACUCAUAAGGCUCCUGAAAUGCAGGUGAGGCAUGAUAUUAGCGGUAUGAACAGCAGUGCGGCGUUAGGGAAGGUUAAUGGAGGACAGUAUUUCCUUAUUAUGUUUCCUACCUGUUGCGAUUUAUGUUGAACACUUCCUGUGUAACUGAUGUUUGGCUGGAUAUUGGAGCAAUG